AGCACAUUUAAGAUGUUCAUGAUACGGAGCGUAUAUACCUAGCAAUCUUUUAUUUUACAUACUUUCUAUAUCAUACAUUGGUCUUUCUUAUUUAUGUACUUUUGUUCACCAUGUACAUGACUGACUGAGUCAAAAGUGUAUCAUAGCAGGACAACUAUAGAUGGAAACGAGCCUACUGAAGUUAGUUAAAUUGCGCGAAACGAGUAUGUUCCAUUGCUGAACGUAUUAUACAAUUUUUAACAUGUAUGAAAAUUUUAUAAGAACGGCACCAAACAUUGUUUGUUUAUAUUGAAAUAGUUCAUUGAACUAUCAUUUGUUUGAAACUAAGCAUGGUAAAUGAGUGCCUUAAAAGAUCAAGAUCCCGAUUACGGGCCAUCUGUUGCAAAUAAUGAAAAGCAUCAACGAAUUUAUGAAGAAAAUGCACGUAGUAGUACUGCAAGAAAGAUAACAACUAUAAUCGAAAGAGAAUUUUCACAAGAAAUUGACAUAAAAGAGAAAGAAGUUUUAGAAAUUCAAGAAAGAUUACAGAGAGCAUCAAAAGUUCUUCAUCUUUUGCGUUAUGUGAUUGUUACAGAUUUUUAUAAUCGCAAACAGUGUCAGAAUUCACAAAAUGGAGAAGCAAAACAAACUCAGAUUCAUCCUGCAAUAAAACAAUUAAUUGGUAAAUCACCAAAAUCAUCCUAUGGUUCAGUUGUACCUGCAUCAACUGCAACAUCAAAUAAUACAACUUGUUAUGGAACAUUACAAUCAUUUUCAACAUCUCCUACUGACUGUAUAAUAAAGAAAGAAAAAUCAACAGAAGAAACAAAUGAACAUUGCCGUGUAGAGAAGAGAAAUAAUGAAACAAAUGAAGAAUCACGACCAAAAAAAAUCCCUCGAUAUAUUCCUCCUAAGAGUGGAAUUCCAGAAUCUGAGUAUCCUUCAAGAGGGAUUAGACAUAAAGUCAGAAAACGCAUAAUUAUUGGUAAUAUUUCAAAAUGGAUUCCUCCAGAAUGGAGAGAAGAUGCAGCUAGUCAUAAAUGGACAAUGUACGUUCGCGGAAAUAAAGAAAAUCCGGAUAUUGAUGACUUUGUUAGCAAAGUCAGAUUCUUUUUGCACCCUAGCUACAGACCUAAUGAUGUCGUAGAAGUUACAUCAGUGCCAUUUUGCCUUUCAAGGCGAGGAUGGGGUGAAUUUCCAUUAAGGGUGCAGUUACAUUUUAAAAGUGUACUCAAUAAACCAAUGGAUAUAAUUCAUUAUUUGAAAUUGGAUCGUACUUAUACCGGUCUGCAAACUUUAGGGGCUGAAACUUUAGUUGACAUUUGGAUCUAUGUAGAUCCUCGAAAUUCCAAACGAAACGUUGGUAAAACGGAACAAGAUAUUCUUGAAAAUGAAAAUAAUUGUAGAGUGAAAUUAGAAAAUGAUGAAAGAUUGCAAUUUGAUAGCCAACAAGAAUGUGAUUUUCUAAAUAGUACUAUAAAUGAGUCAAUAAGUAAAGACUCUGGUGUUGUCAUAAAACAAGAGAUUUCAAGUGACUUCAACAUUAAUGAAAAUUCAAUAGAUACUAAACAGAUGCAGCUGUACGUAGAUCUUGAUCAUGAUUAUUGUGGAUCAAAAUAUUUAAAUUAUUCUGAAGGAAAUUUAACUAUUAAUCAUUCAUUAACAACAUCAUUAAAUAACGUUUCGUCAGAAAAUCCCCACCUGGAAGAAAAUAAAGAAAAAACGACCGAAAACACUAACUUAACUGAUUCUUCAAUAAACGCGGACUUGUCUAAAUUGAAAGAGAAAGAAGAAACAAUUAAUGUAGGAAAUUCUUCAAUAGUAAAUGAAUCUAAUCGAAACAGACAAAAAGCGCUUCCACUAGGUUGUUCUAAACUUCAAUCGAAUCUUCGUCCUUUACAAAUUUCCAUUCCACCAUUAUUCGAACCAUCUGGAAGUAAACAUGUCCUAGUUUUAGAAAAUAAUCAAACAAUUCCUGUAGAUAUUGCAGUUCCACGCACAAGUGAUUACAAUAACGAUCAAACUAGAUCAAAGGCGAGUUUCACCGCUUCCCGCGGUAUAAGUUUAUUAAAAAAGCCUUUAGAUUCAGAAACGAUAAUCCAAGUACGAAAUCCUAAUGGAACAAACGUACAACAAGGAUUAAAAGUUCAAUUGUCCAAAAGUAUGUUUCUGAAUGUAAAUUCUAAUAUACCAGUAUUAAAAAUAGCUGAACGAAGAAAUUCGUUUAAUGUUGAAAAGGAAUCAACUUCUGAACAAACAACGAAAAUAAACCAGCAAGAGUUAAAGGAAUAUAAAUUAUCUCGUCGGAAGAUUACCUUGGGCAAAGAUAAGCAUAAACUUCAAAGUAGAAAGGAAUUUUAUGACGAUGUUCUUCAAUCAAUAGAGACUGCAAAAAUUGCUGAUAUUCAAGGACUGUUACGGUUCAUUAUUAGAAGAAUGCCAAUGAUAACUCAAGAUGCUAUGGACUCUGAUUAUAGGCGGCUUCAUCCUUAUGCUUGCGUAAGCGAGGAGGAAUUUUUUGGAUACAACCUCGCAAAACAAAAUGCUUGUGAAUGGAGUCGAGCAAAAAUAAUAAAAAGUUUCAUUAAAAAAAAAUCGUUUCCUGAAGAAAAGUUAUGGAGUAUAAAAGAAAUAAUGAUUUGGUCACGGUUACAUGGUUAUACACCUCUUUGUUCAGAUUUUACAAUGCAAUUUCUAAAACAACAAAAAAAUCUACCUGAUUCUACAAUUGUUAAAAACAUGUCUACGUGUACUGAACCUGACACCUUUUGUAAGUGGCUCCAAACUUAUCCAGGUCGAUUGAAUGAUUCUUCGUUCGACUCCACUUUACAACAAGUUAAUGGAAUUAGUACUGAGGUAGAUGUUGUAAAUAUUGACAAUGCACUAGAAAGUAUCAAAAGCCAAGACAAAGAAAGCAAAGAACUUCCUGAUAAAAAAAUUACAGCAUUAAAUCUUGAAACAAAAUUUGUACCUCUUUAUAAUUUCAUACAUGAAACUGCUAGAGAAAUUGGCAUUGAACUUGUUUCUGAAGAGAUUGUGCCAAAUGUGGUAUACUGUGCAACUGGUCGAAUGAUAAUGCGAGCUGUUGAAUGUCUCGUGGAAGAUCUAGUCAGAAUGUCAUUGGCAAAAGCUUGGGAAAGAUGUAGCGAUGACGGACAUCCGAAGGUGAUUGUUUUGGACGAUGUACGUGGAGCUCUCUUAAACCGUGAAGAAUUCGAUAUUUUUACGAAUGAAGGAUUAGGUUCCAAGUAUAGAUUGUCGGUCAUGGAUUAAUUCACAAAAGCAUAUAAAACGUAAGAAAGUAAUACUACCAUACAUAGCAAUCAAGCGAUAUAAAUCUGUUGCGAUCAACGUGCUCCGAUGUAGUUCUGGAAACGGAAGCCUCACAAAUGUACAAAUUUAUAAAUUUGAAUAAAGCAUACGAAAUUUUGUACGAA